AGCCGCACCCCUCAUCCCCUUCUUCUAUCUAUCUCCUGCGGCGGCUGGAAAUAGAUCUCUCCACUUUUCGUGCGGCGCCAGCUGCUCCGUCUCUCUCCUGCUGCAUUGCGUGCGUAGGUAGGAAAGGAAUCUGGUCAUGGAGUUGGAGAUUUGCAUCAGAGAGGCGCAAGGGGAGGUCUCUCUCUGCGCCCCCCUCUCUAUGAAAAGAGAGAGUACGGAGACCCAAUCUUACGUCGCCUGCCUGCGUCAUCCGGGACUGCUGGUUGAUGCGAUGCAUCCCAUCCCAUCCCCACCCCAGGAGCGAUGCAUCCAUACGCGGUCACGGAUCUGCACGCCCUACGCCCUCCCUAGCCUGUUACCAACGGAGGCAGGAUAUUAUUGGAUGUGUCAGAUGCUUGUUAAAGUGUGAGAUGCAACCCAUCUGUUUUCUUUUUUUCUUAACCCAAGGAAACAUCGGAGCCAUUUUUCUUCUUCUUAAAAUUCUCGUAUAGAUUUUGAUAAUGGUGGAUGGUUCCUUUCAUUAGAAAAAGAAACGAUACUGUACAGAAGGAUUACUUGUAUUUAUUUUUCAGUGGAAAAGGGAGGAGGACGAAUAAGUCGUUUUUGAUUUUUGGACCAAUUUUCAAUGGAGACGGCUUAUGCUUUAUAUUUUUUUUCUAUCUUGUUCCUUUUGCAAACGAUUUUGAAGGGUGAUACUAAUUGUAGCGUUUAAGUACUUUUUUUUGUCACGGUGGGAUUUGCCAACGCAAGGCUCUAAAUUGUACUAUUGUACCUUCCAAGUCUGCAAACGCAGAUUGAGUGAUGACCGAUGAGUAAUAUCUGGACAUAGACUGAAUUGCUUGACAGUUUGUUUCUUGUCCCUAUGUGUGCCAAAGUAAAUUCUAAUAUGUUUUAUUUAACCAAAUAAAAUAAGCUUGUGUACCAGGACAAUUCUACUCCUGGCCGGCAUGUAGUAGUAACGUUACUUGCACCCAUAGACCUAUUGUAAGUAAACAUUUCUUUUUUCGGGGACUAUAAUCCGGGCUUACAUAGGAUGCUAGCACUUUCAUCAUGUUCAAAGCAUCUCUCAUCACAAACAUAAAUUAGUUUAAGGUUUAUCCCAAGUCAAAUCUCUCAACUUUGACUGUCAAUAGUUUUGCAGUACAAGGUUUAAUUUCUACCCGAUUCAUCAUGAAAAGUAGUUCCAUAAUAUGUAUUUUGUCCACUUGUAAUUGUAUAUAUAUAUGUCAUAAACUGCUUAUAUUUGUGACCAGAGGAAGGUCAGUGUAGAUUACAUUCAUGGUGCAACAAGUGAGAUCUGGUGAACAUUCAUCUGGCACUUGCAAAGCUCCAUUGGGACGAACUUCCUUACCAACCAGAUGAGUAUUCGGUGAGUAAGAGCAUCUACAACCACACACACCAAUUUGAGCCCUCCACAUGUUGGCGGAUAUGUCCGGGUGCCAGUCAUACCGAGCAUUUGGGCUGGGUUUGCCGGGUCCGGUUGGGUGCCAUUUUCCUGUUCUGGUAGUGACCGGGCAGGCCGCCCGCAGCGGCGGUGCCAGCUAAAAUAAUCUGUGGGGUCAGCGGUAUUUUUUGUGAAUUUUUUCUUCACGAUGAACAGUGAUUACACAUAGCUUCGCCACUGGCCGCCCGGACGUUUAGGGUGGUACGGGGGCUCCAUUUGUAGAUGCUCAAAUGACAGCCGGCUAAAAUAUAAUAUGAAAACUUUGUCAAAACUAUAUUUGCACGGCUCCUGAAUUUUUGUCAAGUUGAUGUCAUUAUUUGCAUGUUUUUUUCCAAAAAAACUAGCACUUAUAUAUACGAUUUGUUUAGAGUUUUUAACUUGAACCAAUUUUUCUUGGAUAUGCUGAAGGCAAUGGGGAGCUAGUGGGCGCCGAGAACACUUGAUGAAAUCCUCUUAAGUAGUACCACAUUGUUCAAUAGAAAUUAGUAGGGGUCUUUAUUUGGCAACUGCUUAGACUUAAUUCUUGUCAUUUGGUCCUCCAUUUUUUUCUUAGUUCCGUUCAUGUGCUCCUAUGCGUUACUAGUUCAUACUUGGCUUUGCUACUUUGUGAUGAAGUAUAUUUACAAAUUUCACUUGAGCAAUGACGCAGAUUUCAUAUCUUUGAUACUAUCUUCAAGGGGGAAGUGCACGUGGAAGUUGAACAAAGCCAAGAAAACCAAACCCAACAACAACGAUUGGGGCCGGCCCAAUUCCAACCCAACGGCCUGAUUUAGUCCAGUAAAGCCGAGCGCACCACCAUAUCGAGCCUCUUCCUCCCCGAAACCCUGGUCAGAUUUUGUAAGGCGACGGCGGGGUGAGGGUUUCUGGCCAAAGUUGGGAACGCGGCGGCAGCAGAGAGCUUCCUUCCAGAUUGGGAGGAGUCCGCAUGAGAGGGGCCAUGAAGCCAUCCAGAGCUUGGAUGGGUGGUGUGAGAAGAAGGGCGCAUCUCGCCUGGUUAGGGAGCCAGCAGGGGAGGCUCCACAGGGAGCAGGCUGAUGGUGGUACCAUCCCCCCAGAGCCCAACCUUACCCAAGGUCCAACUCGAAACUUGGCUCUUCUUCGAGGUUUAUCUUCAGCACCAGUCACACAAAAUGCUAUUGACACAUUGGCGUUGGCAAGUCCUGCAACAAGUUGUGGUAUACCAACGGUUGUGUCAACUGAAGGUAAAUCACCAAGCAGUUUACCGGUGCUGAGAAGUCCAUCCUUGGGCACUACAUUUGUUGCACCAGUCUGGCCCACUGUGGUCCGUAGCUUACCAAGUUCCUCUGCUACACUGGGGUCACAGAUGAAACACCACCGAUUUUGUACCUUGGCUGGAGACCAGUCAGUCACAAAUUCAGGUGAACGAUAUAUUGGUGAGGACAGCCAUUUUCAGCAUAGUAAUAGUACAGCUUUGAGGGAGAGAGUAUUAGCCGAUACCAGUCAAACAGCUACUAAAGCGCUCAGUUUUAAGGCCAGAUACAAGAACUUUAUCAGACCAUUACUGGUUAACCGAUGUUUGAUUGCCCCGUGUGGAAUAAACGAUCCGUGGAUGAUAUUUUUGCAACGUCAAACCUUCAGCAUCCUUGGUCACAAUCCUUGCUAUUUGAGUAGCUUUGACAUCACAUCCUAUGAAGAUACUUGUAAGGAUGGCGAAUUUGAGACUUUUCUGGACCUUCUUGUUAGCAGGAAGGGUUACAUUAUUGAAGAUUGGGACUCUUCCUUUUCCACUAUUGAACCAUUAAUGUAUGACCACGGACUGAAGCAGCCGUAUGACGGGACCAACGAACCAUUGUACAAAGGGGAAUGUGAUGCUUCGUACGAUAAUAAGACGGGAAUUGCAAGCUUGUCUUACAUCAUUUGGAAGGACGAUAAGAUCAUUUACUCAGAAGUUUUCUCAGACCUCAAGUGCUCUUCAUCAAAUGAAGCUGAAAUUCAUGCUGCGUUAGCGCUUCUUUACAAGGCUGAAGAACUCAAGAUCAGCAAACUCCAUCUAUGGACUGAUUCCAGAACAGCGGCUAGUGUCUUAACUGGCGAGUUGUCAAUCCCUUGGGACCAUGCCCACCAUGACUUUUUUCUGACCUUAAGGGGCAUGAGGAAGCGGUUCAGUCGGUUGGUGGUCACCUGGAGGCCCAGGGAGAUGCUGUUUUUCCCAGACGAGCUUGCAGAGAUUGCGAAGUCCCCUGGCUGUGAUUUACGUGCUUCCCAUACUACUGCUCUGGAGAAAUGGUCCGGCCACCUACGGGGCCUCCCUGUCCACCACAUUGAAUGGACAAACAAAACGGCCACAGCAGUUCGAAAAUUCAAGAACAAGAUAUUGGAUGAAGAAUUGUAUGGCAUGAGCGGUCCUGAUGUCUAUUUUGUUGAAGUUGAAGAGUGCCGUAAGUUGGACUGCUUGGUGGUGCUUAAAUAGACACUGCAUGCAAGUAAACUGAAAGUGUCCCUCAACAAUUAUAUGGAGAAGUCUGAAUGUUUCAAGGAACAAUUGGGAACUCUCGUUCACGAAAGUUAACAGGUACAUUUUUCUCCAGAGCUUCACAGCACCUUCACCAGCAAAUCUUGCAUAGGGUCAGUGCAUGGCACUUUCACCACUGGAUCUGUCAACCACUCUCCCCCGUCUAGAGAGCUGGUGGUGGUGUUGGAUUAUUCUGUACCUAAAGAAGUGUAUCACAAGAGAGGUGCAUUCCAUGUGGUGCUUGUGACGCCCAGUGAACGGGAGAAGAUGACUGAGUAUAUCCCGGAGUUGUCUGCAUUGAGCUUUGUCUAUUUCAAUGGAGUUAGAUUCCCAUUGAACAAGAAGCCAGAUCAAGGGCAGAAGAAUAAAGGCCCGAAGGAAUAGAACUGAGAAAAGCUGGUCUCGAGAAUGGUCAUCAUGUCGACAACCCUACAGUGAAGGCUCGGGACUCAUCAGGAGAAAACUUUUUUUGGAAGGAUAUCAUGCCUUGAAGCAAACGGCUGCUUGAUAUGCUAAGUUCCUAGGCAGCAGGGUGUUUUUUUGUAGUAGGUCUGAACAACAGAUGAUGUUGUGCGCUGAUGGUAGUAUAUCUGCUCCGAGUACUGGAACUCGUCGCUUGCUUCAGUAAUAGACCAGUAUGUUUCCGAAUCAGCUGUGUAAUACUCCCUCUGUAAACUAAUAUAUAAAGAGUGUUUAGAUAACUAAAGUAGCUAUCUAAAUGCUUUUAUAUUAGUUUACGAAGGGAGUACUAUAAAUUACAUCAAGACAUCCUAAUACUGUGCAAUGUGAAUCAGCUUGUGAUUUAUGCUCUCUAUUAUUCCAUUUCUCCACCUA